AUGCGCGCUUUCGGCUUCAGCUUCGGUCUGCUCCAAGGAGCGACCUUCGUCCUCGGUGUCAGCAUAACAGAUAUUCAAGGCCCGGCUUUCCAGUCGCCCCUGAGGAACCAGGUUGUCCAUGAUGUUACCGGUAUUGUCACUGCGAAGGGUCCUACCGGUUUCUGGAUUUCUGGGCCAGCAGUGAAUGACAACCGAGUUUCCAACGGACUGAGUGUAUACACCAAGUCUACCUCCAUAUUGCGCCAGGUCAAUGUUGGCGACGAGGUAUCCCUAAGCGGACGCGUCUCAGAGUAUCAUUCAUACUUCAGUCCGAACGAUCUUUUCUUGACUCAGCUCAAUGUGCCUUCUAACAUCGCCGUAUUGUCUUCGAACAAUACUAUAAAGCCAGUGGUGCUCGGCAUAGACAAGUCUCCUCCAACUCAGCAGCUUGCGGCGCUGGAUGUGUAUGGCGAUUUGGAUGGGUUUCUCUCCGUCCCGAACAACCAAAGCCAACUGGAAGUUCUAAAUGCCACACUCCAACCGGAAAAGUAUGGCCUUGAUUUCUGGGAGAGCCUGGAGGGACAACUUGUCCUGGUGAAGAACCCCGUAGCACUCAAUUACCCGACCCGAUUCCACGAAAUAUGGGUGCAUGGGGACUGGCCUGUCACCGGCAAGAACCAGCGCGGCGGGUUAACCAUCACCUUCGGGCCGGAUGGAUACCCAGACGCGAAUCCUGAAGCAAUUUUAAUCGGCAAAGCUCUUGAUGGUACGAAAGGUCCUGACGUAGCCAUUGGGACGACGCUUUCAGACAUAGUCGGCGUCGUCACGUACCAGUACGGCUCCUAUCGCAUCCUACCACUUACUGCUUCCACUGUCGUCGACACCCCUCUUUUCGACGUGCCUGCCACUGGUCUGGUAUCGAAUGCGAACGUUUGUUCGCUAGUCAUGGCUGAUUACAACGUCGAGAAUAUGGGGCCCAGGUCGCAUCACCUUUCCACUAUUGCAGAGCAUAUCGUGGACAAGCUCAGAUUGCCGGACUUAGUCUUCGUGCAAGAAAUACAGGAUGAUUCGGGCCCGAAGAAUGAUGGCACGGUUACGGCGAACCUGACACUCACGAGACUGGUCGAGGCUAUUGCUGAUGCCAGUGGCGGCGUUGAUUACGGGUUCGUCGAUGUCGAUCCAGUCAAUAACCAAGAUGGAGGCCAGCCCGGAGGAAAUAUCCGAGUGGCAUAUUUAUAUCGAAGAGACAGAGUUCGCCUUCUACCAGGGUCACCGCCUGGUGGAGCGUUGGACUCCACUGAGCCUUUCCUGGAUUCCACCGACGCAGUGGCUCUCACCUUCAAUCCAGGACGAAUCGACCCAGGGAAUGACAUUUGGUAUGAAGCACGAAAGCCUGUAGCUGCCGCUUGGCAGACGUCUACUGGCGCUCGUUUCUACACUAUUAAUGUGCAUUUCUCUUCCAAGCGAGGAAGCACGUCUUCUCAAGGCAACGCCAGGACUCCUAUCAAUGGGCGUGUUGACGUGCGGACUGGACAAGCUAAUAUAACAGCGACCUUCGUGAGGGAUAUUCUCAGCCUCGACCCUUCUGCAAGUAUUCUAGCUGCGGGUGAUUUCAAUGAAUAUCUGCAGACUCGCUCCGUCUUCGCCGACUUAUCAGAGGUCCUCCACGACAUCGACGAAACGUCAAACAUUGAUCCAGUGGAGCGAUAUACCUAUGUGUACGACCAGAACACCCAACAGAUUGAUCACAUAUUCGUUUCGAAUGCUAUCAAGGAAAGAGGGACGGAAGUGGAGCAUAUUCACGUCAAUAAUUGGGCGUCUUCUUUGAAGCAAAGAACUAGUGAUCAUGACCCUAGUGUUUUCAGAGUCAGAGUCUGCGAUAACGACGCCCGUUCCGUCGCAUCCUCUUAUUUCAGUCAGGUCCUCUACGCCUUGGAUACUUUCUCCAGAUUGUUCGAACGUCUCUUGUGGUAAUCUAUCCGCUUCCGCACGCAGCCACAUGCCGCAUGUAUGAUAUCAUUGACACUGAC